GGAGGCCCGAGCAGAAGCAGAGCCACAUAUCCUGUACAGACUGAAGGAAACACUAUAACAUAAACACAUAAAGAACAUCUAAGAGACAUGAAUGAGCGUUAUCUAAAAUGACGAGGCAGGUCUGAACCCCCAACACACAGCAAACAUUAUUAUCAUCCAGCCUUGUAAUUGUUAUUAUUAUUAUUAUUAUUAUUAUUAUUAUUAUUAUUAUUAUUAUUAUUAUUAUUAUUAUUAUUAUUAUUAUUAUUAUUAUCAAGCUUUGGCGCAUUUUCAAACAACAUUUAGAAUUGUUUUACAGAAUGAAGAAUUCCUUGUGAUAUGCAGGCUGUUGGCUCUGUGAGCAGGUCUGAUGUUCAUCAUGUUUGUUAAUUAGGGGGAUUAAUGAGUAACAACACGGGGUUCGCCUCCUCCUGGUGGUUUGAUGGGAAAGCGCACCUUCCAUUAUAAUUUCAAACCUAAAACAUUUGAGACUGCGGCAUCAGAGGAAACACAGCAAACACCUCAAUGAUCCCCAUCAUGGAUUUUACUUUGGAGGGGAUUAACCCGGGAAAUACACGAGCUCUGUUACUGGCGUGUGUGACUCUGUUGUUCUCCCUCCACCUGUGGCACUGGCUCCGGCAGCGCUGGAUCCCCGGCCCGCCCGGUCCGCUCGCCUGGCCACUCAUAGGGAACGCUCCGCAACUUGGCAAGACACCGCACCUGUAUUUUACGCGCAUGGCGAAGAAGUACGGCAACAUCUUCCAAAUUAAACUUGGCUCUCGCACAGUGGUGGUGCUAAACGGGGACUCCAUCAAACAGGCGUUGGUCAAGCAGGGACCCGAAUUUGCGGGCAGACCGGACUUCACCUCCUUCCAGUACAUCUCCAACGGGAACAGCCUCGCGUUUGGCACCAUCACAGACUGGUGGAAGACGCACCGCAGAGUGGCUCAGUCCACUGUGCGGAUGUUCUCCACGAGGAACCCAGACACCAAAAAGACAUUUGAGUACCACGUCUACUGCGAGUUCAAAGAGCUGCUGCAGCUGUUUGUGGAGAAAACCAAGGAGCAGCAAUAUGUCCAGCCCAUGACUUAUCUCGUGGUAUCCACAGCCAAUAUAAUGAGCGCUGUGUGCUUUGGGAAAAGGUACUCUUAUGAUGACGAAGAGUUUCAGCAGGUGGUGGGCAGGAAUGACCAGUUCACCCAAACAGUGGGGGCAGGCAGCAUGGUGGACGUGAUGCCUUGGCUCCAGUACUUCCCCAACCCCAUCAAAACCAUGUUUGACAACUUCAAAAAGCUCAACCUGGAGUUUAAUAUAUUCAUUGAAGAUAAAGUUAUUGAACACAGAAAAACCAUCCAGUCAAGCACCAUUAGAGACAUGACAGAUGCUUUUAUAGUGGCGAUGGAACAAUUAAGAGAUACUUCAGGGCUCUCCUCCGGGAAGGACUACGUGACCCCCACUCUGGCUGAUAUAUUUGGAGCAAGUCAAGACACACUGUCAACUGCACUACAGUGGAUCAUCCUCAUUCUGGUCAAGUUUCCUGAGAUGCAGGUGCGUCUCCAGCAGGAGGUGGACAAGGUGGUGGACCGCAGCCGGCUGCCUUCUAUCGAGGAUCAGCUGCAGCUGCCUUACAUCAUGGCCUUCAUCUACGAGGUGAUGCGCUACACCAGCUUCGUGCCGCUCACCAUCCCCCACUCCACCACCACGGACACCUCCAUCAUGGGCUACACCAUACCAAAGAACACGGUCAUAUUCGUCAACCAGUGGUCCAUCAACCAUGACCCAGCACUGUGGCCCCAUCCUGGGACCUUUGACCCCCAGCGUUUCCUGAACCAGAAUGGAGUGCUGAACAAGGACCUGACCAGCAGCGUGCUCAUCUUCUCCCUGGGCAAGCGGCGGUGCAUCGGCGAGGAGCUGUCCAAGCUGCAGCUGUUCCUCUUUGCGGCUCUGAUUGCCCACCAGUGCCACAUCACUGCGGACCCGGCCAGGCCGCUCAAACUAGACUACGACUAUGGCCUGACUCUGAAACCGCAUGCAUUCUCCAUAGCUGUGACUCUGCGUGAAGACAUGAGGUUGCUGGAGGCGGCCGCCAGGCAGCCCGAGGAGGCGACGGACAAGCCCUCAAAAGACUCAUAAACAAAAAGAAAAUAGUAACACUAUGACGUCCGUGUCUAUUAUGCAUCUUAAACAGACUUAUAAUGUGUUAUAAUCUGCCUAUAUUAUGGUAUAAUUAUAGGUUAAGUAACUCAUAAAUAUUCAUAAUGCUUUACAACAGUAGCACAUUAUAAAGCAUUUUAUAACGACUAAUUAGGUCAAGUAUCAUAAUACUUCAUAAUUGCUGCUCACUGACAUUUGUUUUGCAAGGAUCAUGUAAUAUUUCCAAAAAAAUAAACUCACUCUAAAGACUUCAGCGCUAUAAGAAGAAUAUAAUGAUUAUAAGUACAAUGCAUCAUAGACAUCAGAUGGAAGUCAGUGAUGAGCAAUUAUGAAGUAUUAUGCUACUUGACCUUAUAAGUCAUUAUAAAAUGCUAUAUAGUGUGUUAGCAUUAUUGUUAUAAAGCAUUAUUAAUAUUUACGAGUGCUUUUAACUAUACUU